AUGGAGUGGCUUUGGAUCGCCGUGGCAACAUGUGUGCUCGUGUCCUGCUCUGUCAAAGGUAACGACUGGUGGUGGGAGUAUGAGGAGGGGAUACGACACUACAGCAAGGAGGCCCUCAACAAGGAGUUUCCGGAGAAAACUCGACCGGUGAGCUUCAAGCAUCCUGUGUUCCAGUGUCCAGACAUGAGUCCUUCUCCCUCUGUCCCCUCAUCAGUUGAAUUUGUGAAGGCGGCAGAUAUCAAAGUCAUCGCUGCCUUGGGGGAUUCUCUGACAACGGCCAUAGGUGCCAACGCCACCACUGUCCUCGGGAUUCCUAUCGAGUUUCGCCAUGUGUCGUGGAGUAUUGGAGGUUACGGGUCAUUUCAGGAUGUCAUUACUUUGGCAAACAUCAUCAAGCUGUUCAAUCCUAAUCUGGUUGGUGCUGCUCCCGGCAAGACGGUUCAUGGGAUGCAGGCUCACAUCAGUGAAACAGGCUUCAACCUGGCUGUGACAGGACAUAACACCUUCAAUCUCCCCGGCCAGACGAGGCAUUUGAUUGACACGCUGAGAGGUUAUGAGGGUCUGAACUUCGAGGAGGACUGGAAGCUUCUGACCAUUCUCAUGGGCAUGAAUGACAUCUGUGAUUACUGCAAAGAUAAGGCUCUUUUUUCAGUGGAUAACUUCAUUCAUUAUAUGACCGUCUCCUUGGAAAUGCUUAUGAAUGAGGUUCCUCGUAUGAUCGUUAACGUGGUUCAGAUUCUGCCCAUGCAGACUCUGAGGGAGGUGCAGAAGCCCACCCCAGGGUGCCUGCUCCAACGGUCUUUCUGUUCGUGCCUGAUAGAACCAGUAGCCAGGUCUCCUGAACUUCGGGAGCUGGUGGAAGUCAAUCUGGAAUUCCAGAAAAGACUCGAGGAGCUGCUGUACAGCGACCGUUUCUUCAGGGAUGACUUUGCUGUUGUUCUUCAGCCCUUUCUCAAACACGCCGACCCCCCCCGCCUCCCGAGCGGGAAGAUCGACAUGACCUUCUUCACUCACGACUGCUUCCACUUCACCAUAAAGGGACAUGAGGAGCUGGCCAAGGGACUGUGGAACAAUAUGUUUCAGCCUGAAGGAGGAAAGAUGAUUGUGAGCAGUUUCUCAGACCCCAUCAGUCUCAUCUGUCCACCUAUGGAACACCCGUAUAUCUUCACCCGACCAAUCGCAGCCAAGUCAGGCCACCCUCCACUUCAGUCUGACGCUCCAUCACAGGCGGCCACCUUGCUGUUCUCGCUACUUGUGGGUUUGGGACGUCUUAGACUUAUGUAGCUUUGACUCUGCUAAGCUAUCUUUACUGUGGAGAUGAUCUCCUACAGUGGAUCACCUGCAAGGGAGAGUCUGUGAGCCGCUCAUUGCAACUUUGCAUAUAUGUGGCCCCAAAUACCAGCAUGGAGAAAUUACUUCAGUUUUAAGAUAUCUGAAAACCCCUCUGAUAAAGUGACAGUGAGUCCUGCAACCUAAAUAUUUAAUUUUUAAGAAGCAGUUGGAGGCGGUGAAGAGUUUUAGUUGUUGUUGGUGAGCAGAUUGCUGCUCCUAGCAAAAAGUUUUCUAUUUUGUUUUUAAAUUUUAAUUUAUCCUGACUGCACCACGAUGAAUUAUCAGUUAGACCACGCUCAUAACUGUGGGGAUGAGACAAUCUUCCACAUUUCUCCCACUCUUAUAAGUAUGA